AUGCAGCACAGCGCGGCGGCCGCGCAGCCCGUGCCCGUGGCCUUCUGGAGCGCGCCGGCCGCCCACGGCGUGCCCUGGAGCCAUCCGCAGGUGCACCAGGCGCACCAGAUGCAGCCGGUAGCGCCGAUGUUCGUGUGGAUGCCGAUGAUGGUGCAGACGGGCAAGGGUGGCCGCGUGCCCCUGUCCACAGCUUCCGAGGGGCUGGAGUUCUCGGCGGCGUGGGGCAUGCCGCACCGCGGAAGCUCCGGCUCAAUGCCGGAGGUGACGCGCCGUGGAAGCUCUGGGUCCUUGCCGGAGUUUUCGGAGACGUGGAGCAUGACGCACCGUGGAAGCUCUGGGUCCGUGGCGUCGGUGGACCUCCCAGAGGAGCCCGCGGGCCGCGCUCGGCCGCCGAUGCGGAGCUCGGCGGGCAGUCGUGCCCUGCAAGCUGCCCUGGACGAGGCCGCCGGCGACGAGGAGAGGGCGGCGCUUGCCGAGGAGUUGCGCGGGCAUGUCUGGGAGGCGAUCAGGUGCCCUAGCGCCAACCACGUGCUCCAGAAGUGCAUCGUGGUCCUCCCUCCCCAGGCCAUGCAAUUCAUCCUGGACGAGCUGGUGGCUGGGCCUGACGGACGGGGACGCGGCAUCGGCCAAGCUGCCCGCCACCGCUACGGUUGCCGCGUGUUGGAAAGGCUGGUGGAGCAGGGUCGCCCGGAGUGGUGCAGUGUGCUGCUGGACGCGCUGGUGGCGGACAGCACGGAGCUCUUCGUCCACCCUUGGGGCCACUUCGUCAUCCAGCACCUGCUGGAGCACGCUCCCCGCGAAUGGCGCCGUCGGCUCCACCGCGUGGUCGAGCAGAACGUGGGCUUGGCCGCCACCAAGCCCUGGGCGCGCGCGGUGGUCAGCACAGCGAUCGCACACGCCGAGGAGGACGACGCGGCCGCCCUCGCCCGAGCGCUCUGCGGUCAGCCGGGGCUCCUGUCCGGCAUGGCGUGCACCCGCCACGGCCACGUGGGCGUGCUGCACCUCGUGAGGGGCCUCGCCGGCCCGGAGGGCGAAGAGGUCCGCCGGCAGCUGACUGAGGAGGCGGAAGUCUUCCGACACACCCGGUUCGGGCGCGCCGUCUUGGCGGCACUGGGAGACGCUUGA